AGAAGCUGCUGCAGUGAAGCCAAGCGCUCUGGCUGUGAACACUGAGCUGAACGGAUCUGGAGUCUGCGCGCGCUCUGCUGCUGUUCAUGAUGGUGCCGCUGGGGAGGAAAGCAGACAGGACCCGAUACACAACAUUACAGAGGCCUCGAGCGUCUUUAUAACACGGUGCUUUUGUCUUCGGGAUAUUAUUAAUGUUGACCGGACAGAAGCAGAUGAACGACUGGAGCUUCAAUACACAGCCGCAACAAAAGCAAGCACGAGGACACAAAUCCAGGACUGAGCUCCUCCAUCAGGAUCAUGGGAGAGAAUGGCCCUCUCACGGAGACAGCCAUGCUCUUUGAGGACGAGGAAGAGGAUGUGGACCAACUGGACCAUGAGGAGGAAGAUGAGGACAAGAUGGCAGACUAUGACAAAGACAACGGCAUAAUCUCGGGACCCUCGUCCUCCUCGGGAAGGGUCUAUGAUCGCACCACUGUGCUCAUCGAGCAAGACCCCAUCCGCCUGGACGAGGAGGGUGAGGAGGACUGCAUGGCCUUCCUGCCAGAGGGAGAGGGCGAGGGAGACGAGGGCUCUCUGGCCUUCAUGGGUGACCCGGAUUGCAUGUCACAGGGAUACAUACACCACACCAUCUCACCAGACCAGAUACAGUUCAUCAUCAACCCGGGAUCCACCCCUAUGCCGCGAAACAUCGAGGGCGCAACGCUGACACUACACUCUGAGUGCCCAGAGACCAAGCAGAGAGAGGUGAAGCGAUACCAAUGCAUGUUCGAGGGCUGUACGCGCACCUACAGCACGGCGGGAAACCUGCGCACUCAUCAGAAAACGCACCGCGGUGAAUACACGUUCGUGUGCAACCAGCAGGGCUGCGGCAAAGCCUUCCUCACGUCCUACAGCCUGAAGAUCCACGUCCGCGUCCACACAAAAGAGAAGCCCUUUGAGUGUGACGUCCAGGGCUGUGAGAAAGCCUUCAACACACUCUACAGACUGAAAGCACACCAGAGGCUGCACACUGGGAAGACAUUUAACUGUGAAUCAGAGGGAUGCACCAAGUACUUCACCACACUCAGUGACCUGAGGAAGCACAUCCGCACACACACAGGCGAAAAACCAUUCCGGUGUGAUCAUGAUGGCUGUGGUAAGGCUUUCGCUGCUAGUCAUCACCUGAAAACACAUGUACGGACACACACUGGAGAGAAGCCGUUUUUCUGUACGAGCGAUGGCUGUGAGAAGACCUUCAGCUCUCAGUACAGCCUGAAGAGUCACAUUCGGGGUCAUGAUAAAGGUCCAGCAUUCACCGUGAGCAGUCAUUCGCUGUCAGAGGAUGCGAAUCACUCACUGUGCCUCAGUGAUUUGAGCCUCAUUUCCACAGACUCUGAGCUCCAAGAGAACCACAAUUCUCAGGGUUUGGAUCUGAACAGCGUCACCCCCAUACGAAUCUUUGAGCUGAUGUUCCAGAGUCCUGAGAACAGUGUCAGCCCGGACGACCCGAAGCCCACAGGCAAGAACUUUGAGCUCACUGUGUUCAAAAACACCGGGUCAUUCCUGUUAUGUAGUACGGGCCCAAAAGUAGAGAAGGUCUUUUUUACAACAGCCAUACCAGUCGGUGGACAUUCAGGGAACGCAGUGCAGCAGAUUGGUCUGAGUCUGCCGGUCAUCAUCAUAAAGCAGGAGGAGUCCUGCCAGUGUCAGUGUGCCUGCAGAGACUCCGCUAAAGACAAGAGCGCUGCCACCUCACUGGAGAAGUCAAAGAACACGUCGCCUCCUCCUGCUGCGCCUCCUCCAGCCCUCCCCGAAGAACCUCCAUCUUGCUGCCCAUCCAAAGAGAACCCCGCUCAGCCCCAACAGGACAACCUGGCCGUUCCGGUGACCCCCAACACCCCCAGCGAUGGCCUGGCCGGCAUGGAUGUCUCAGAUCUGCUCAGUCCAGACACCACAGCCAAAAUAGAGGCUCUGCUGAUGGUGGCGGAUGAGUUCUCCAUGCCUGAUGGAGGCGGCGGCAGCAGCGCCCCCUAGAGGCUCAGGCCUCACUCUUCAUCUGUACUGUGUACAGAUGGGUAUCUCACAUACACCUGUACCUCUGCUAUAGGCACGCAUCUCUCCCCAGGCCUGUGUGAUCCUGAUCCGAGUGUGUGGUUUUUGGUGCACUUUUAAGGGAGCGUAGCAGGCGGAGCAGUCUAGGGCACCAGGAAAAGUAGUUUAGUUGCUUCUCAUAAUGAUUUGAGUGUCGGUAGUGUUUUAAACCCGCUGUUUUGCUAGUUUAUUUCAAAGAUUAUUUAAAGAUCAGAAUCCGAUUAUAGAGAUUCACCAUAUAAAACCAAACAAGUUUUUGCCCGGCCACAUACUGUACUUGAGUUUAAACUUGAAACCCACUACACAUUAGUUCACUGGUGUAUCUGAGACUUCAAAAGCAAGGCCUUCAUCACAGUUUAUGGGUAAUGAAGUCAUCUAGGAAAAGUCCUGCACAUUGAAACAUUGAAGUAUUUUAUGUGUAAUUUAUUAGGAAGGCUGCAGUGCUCAUAAUAAUAAUAAUGUGAUUGAGAUAUUUUAUUUUAUAGUUUGUCAUUCUGGAUAAACUGCAAUGAACAUUUACCUGCCUUUUAAAUGUAAUUUAGAGGUUUGUUUGGCUGCCUAUAAUUUAGUAUUUAAUUUUAUAUAUGUUAAUUUAUUAAAAUACUCAAUUGUUGGAUAAAUGUAGCUCUCUUUCCCAACUUUUCACAAAAUGUUCCUUUUCUGUUUCCCCAAACUAGGCAGAUUAACUCUCUUUAAGUGAAUCUCACAAAACUGGCUUGAAAUUUUCUGGGUCAUAUUUC